UACUCUUGUUGGUGAACUUCGUGCAUUGACUGCGUUCGCCAUUUUAUCUCUAAACGCACUGGAGAAAUUCGAUACCGUGAUGGAUGUCAAAAUUCUGAUCUUCGUCGUAGCGCUGUCUUUUGGAAGCGCCUACUCACAGUCAUGCUAUCGUUGUGCAUCCAUUUCAUCGAAUAAUCAAGACAUCGACAUACCCUCCUCAGAGACGGGCUACCCUUCCUGCGACGAUGACAGCUUACAAACAGUGGACUGUUCAACUCAGGGCGGCUGCCUGAAAAUCGAUUACAGCUUCCAGUACAACGUUGACACUAUCGGACCUGUGUCAACAGAUGUGGUUUUCCGGGACUGUGGGACGAAUUUGGACAGAUGUGAGAGUGCCACCGAAGAGCAGCUAAACGCCCAGCGAGACGUAAUCAACUCAAUGCUGCCUGACGGAACUGAAUUCGUCUCUGGCAGUGGAAAUGCUUGCAUUUGCAGUGGUAAUCUCUGCAACGGCGCACCGGGGUUGAGUAUCAGCAUCACCGCUCUCUUGGCAUCCCUUCUUGUUUCUUACAUUGUCAUUAAAUGGUAAAGCUUUAACGAGGGGGUGUUUCACAAAUCGUGCUUUGAUUUCAGUUGCAUGUGGUAUAUAACGCCUCACCGUAUUGGUUAAAUCAUGCACACGGGACGCGCACUAGUACUGCGUAUCCACCGAUCAAAUUACGAGUUAAAUACAGUUGCACAUUGGUGAUUAAAAAACUCGAAAGGGUUGUAACAAUAGGAUAUUGAGAAUCACCAUAUUGCAAGUUUACAUCAAUGUUAGCUGUAGAAAAUGAUAUUACACUCCUUGUUUCAAUAAGAAGAUCAGGGCCCCGUCUUACAAAGAGUUGCAAUUGAUCCGAUCAAUCACAACUGUGGUCCACCAGCAACGUUAACAUAAU